CUACAAAUAUUCCCAUCGGAGUUGCAAUAGCGAUGGGAAUUUCAAUUGGCAUUCUUAUUGGCGUAUUAAUUAGUGUGGCAGUGUUUGAAUUCAUUAAAAGAAGGAUUUGGUUUGAGUCCAGUAGAAGGGCAGCAGAUGGUCUGAGUUAUGCCGAAUAUGAAAAUGAAGCAAUUUCUGAGGACGACAUCGAUAAUAAAGCCAAAGAGGAUUACCAAACUCUGAUAGAACAGCAUCACAAAUCUACUCAACUUAUACAAACCACAGGCGAACCUUUUAAGUUUGAAGAAAAACAGCGAGGGAGAUACAAGAAAAGUGAUCGCGAUACGUACAUAUCUAUUGAUGAAGCAGACUGAAUCGGCAAAAAAGACAAAAAUUCUAUGUAUACAGACAAACAAGACGAAGAAAAACCCGAAACUAUUUGCUAUUCUGACAAUGCUGUAAAAAGAAACAAGAAUCGUGAUACAUAUCUUUCUCCUGCUGAAGUAACACACGACGGCAAAAAAAAAUCAUGCUUUCAGUCACACAUGCGCACAGGAAGUAGGAUAUGGGAAAUACCAUCGUGACACAUACCUGUCUAUCGGGGAAGCAACUCAAGACACUAAGAAAGACAACAUAUUAGUAUACCCCGCCAAACAGGGAGAUGAAUACAGGAGAAGUGAUACCUAUCUAGCUCUUGACGAAGCAACAAAAGACGAUUUCAGUCCUUCGACAGUCGAUCAUUACAUGUUUUUUGCAGGCAACACGGUUAGUCAUUUGGACGUGUAAGAAGAAUACUUUGAAGUCGUUUUAUUUUGUGGAUCAAUAUUCAAGGAUUAGAAAAUUUUUAAUGAUUG